CUGACCAUAUAACCAUGUGUUGAGUGCAUUGAUUACCUGCCGGGUGCCGCAGGGGCAGCUGGGAAGGGACGUGACGUGGUCGGUUAAUCCUCUUAGUUUAAUUAAGCUGAACCAGCAGGCCCCACACUUAAACAGCGGAGGGUUCAGAAAUCGAUUAGGUUGUGUGAGAAGUCAGACGAGGAGCAGGUUCGAGGUUUGAACCAGUCGGGGGUGAGUUGGAGGUGCUGGUCCAGCGGCUCUGCAGGAUGCUGCCCCGGCGGAUGCUGUGGGGCGCCGUGGUGCGUCAGGUGGCUCCGCGUCUGACCUACAGCACCGCAGCACAGCCGCAGGUGAAGCCAAAAAAGACCAAAUUUGGCCCUCUGAGUGACCAAGAUCGGAUAUUCACCAACUUAUAUGGCCGUCAUGAGUGGAGACUCAAGGGAGCUCUCAAACGAGGAGACUGGUACAAGACUAAAGAGAUCAUACUAAAGGGAUCAGACUGGAUCAUAAAUGAGGUGAAGAUCUCGGGGCUUCGAGGCCGUGGAGGUGCAGGUUUCCCCACCGGCAUGAAGUGGAGCUUCAUGAACAAACCCAGCGACGGCAGACCUAAGUACCUGGUGGUGAAUGCAGACGAGGGGGAGCCGGGGACGUGUAAAGACCGCGAGAUAAUGCGUCAUGACCCCCAUAAGUUGAUAGAAGGCUGCCUGGUCGCUGGGAGAGCAAUGGGCGCUCGUGCUGCGUAUAUUUACAUCAGAGGAGAGUUUUACAACGAGUCGUCAAAUCUGCAGGUGGCCAUUAAUGAGGCCUACAAAUCCCAGCUGAUAGGGAAGAACGCCUGUGGCUCGGGGUAUGACUUUGAUGUGUUUGUGAUGCGGGGAGCCGGAGCGUACAUCUGCGGGGAGGAGACGGCGCUCAUCGAGUCUCUCGAGGGCAAGCAAGGGAAACCCCGACUCAAGCCGCCGUUCCCUGCAGACAUAGGGGUGUUUGGAUGCCCGACGACAGUCUCCAACGUGGAGACGGUUGCUGUGGCGCCUGAGAUCUGUCGUCGAGGCGGAGCUUGGUUCGCCAGCUUCGGGAGGGAGAGGAACUCUGGGACAAAGCUGUACAACAUCUCCGGUCACGUGAACACGCCGUGCACCGUGGAGGAAGAGAUGUCUAUUCCUCUGAGGGAGCUAAUAGAGAGGCACGCAGGAGGAGUGAGGGGCGGCUGGGACAAUCUAUUAGGAGUGAUCCCAGGUGGGUCCUCCACUCCCAUCAUCCCUCGACAUGUGUGUGAUGAUGUUCUGAUGGAUUUCGAUGACCUGGUCCGUGCAGAGACUGCACUGGGAACCGCUGCCGUCAUAGUGAUGGAUAAAUCGACUGACGUGAUCCGAGCCAUCGCACGCUUGGUUGAGUUCUACAAACACGAGAGCUGUGGACAGUGCACCCCCUGCAGAGAGGGAGUUGACUGGAUGGAUAAUAUGAUGUGGAGGUUUGUUCGAGGAGAUGCAGCCGUUUCAGAGAUCGACAUGAUCUGGGAGCUGAGCAAGCAGAUCGAGGGACACACCAUCUGUGCCCUCGGGGAUGGAGCUGCCUGGCCUGUGCAGGGACUGAUUCGCCACUUCCGGCCAGUCAUGGAGAGCCGCAUCGCUCAGUAUAACAAGAAAAACCCUCCGAGGGAGCCAGAGAUUGAGAUGAUCUGAGACCACGUAGCAUCAAGUCCUUCACAACAGUAUUAAUAGCUCACGAUGCUUUGUGUUUAUCAUUUUUUUAAACAUAGUUUUUAAAUGUGAUAUUUGUUCUUUAAGAGACCACACAUUGCAAGUUGUACUGCUUCAGUGAAAAGUUUCAAGUUUAGAGUUAUCAUCAUUGCAAAACCUUCAGGCAACAUGUUUUUUUAAGAGAUUUCACACAAGGAUAUUUGUAAUCAGUUCUGCAGCAAGUUUGUCACUUAAUCCACUAAUUACAUAACGUGACCAUACAUGUUUUGUUUCAUCAUAUCAUUAUGAAGUAAAUGUUGAUGGCACAAUGUAAUUGAUGUAGAAAAAUAAAAACAUCAAUGUUUACAUUGGUUCCCUA